GGUGGAUGCUGACCGAGGUUCCUCUGGCGGUUGAUGAUCCCCGGCAGCAGGCUGCGCGCCGGCCGUACGAUUGACUUUGUGCCUUUUGCAGAGAAGCCCACUUCCCUUCUCCCCCCCGGUGUCCCGGCAUGGCGUCCCCCCGGCUGGAGACCUUCUGCUGCCCGAACAGAGACGCGGCCACCGAGUUCGUGGUCUCCUUCCAGCCGGUGCUGUUCGGGGCUUUGGGUUUGGGGAGCGCGAGUCUCAGCCUCGUCUUCGCCGUUUUACAAAUUCUGCCCAAACGCAAAGGAUACAGGAGACUGGGGCAGUACCCGCUGCCGAGGCCCGCGUCCUCCUCGCGGAUAUUGUUCAUCAUCAGCAUGUGUGACAUCCUGGGAUGCGCAGGUAUCAUCACCCGGUCCUCGGUCUGGUUGGGCCUCCCGAACUUUAUCUCCGGCAUCUCCGUGGCCAACGGGACGGACGCCUGGCCUGAGGUCUUCUGCGUUGGCAGUGCAAUGUGGAUCCAGUUGUUUUUCAGUGCUUCUUUUUGGUGGACCUUUUGUUACGCUGUCGACGUCUUCCUGGUUGUGAAAACAUCUGCAGGAAUCAGCACCAUUAUCCUCUACCACAUGAUCACAUGGGGUCUGGCCGUGCUGCUGUGUGUGGAAGGAGUGGCCAUGCUCUACUACCCGUCCAUCUCCGACUGUGAGCAAGGUCUGCAGCACGCUAUCCCGCACUACGUCACCACGUACGCGCCGAUGCUGCUCGUCCUGGUGGCCAACCCGGUCUUCUUCAAUCGGACCGUGUGUGCAGUGACAUCUUUGCUAAAAGGACGACAGGGAAUCUACACGGAAAAUGAGAGACGGCUGGCAAACGAGAUAAAGAUCCGCUUCUUUAAGAUAAUGCUGGUCUUCUGUAUUUGCUGGGUUCCCAACAUCAUCAACGAGAGCCUCCUCUUCUACCUGGAGAUGCAGACGGACAUCGCUGCCAACGGUUUCAGGAAUAUCAGGAACGCAGCACUCAUCACCUGGUUUAUCAUGGGCAUCCUGAACCCCAUGCAGGCUUUCCUCAACACUUUGGCCUUUCACGGCUGGACGGGCUUGGACGUCGACUUCCGGCCGCGGCAGAGGAGGGAGCCGGCCUGGGACUCGGUUUCCACCUCGGCGCCUAACGCGGCGGGCAACAACCCCCUGGUGGGAACGACUCUGCUCUACCAGAGUCACGUCCAGGAGGCCAAGAAGAACGCGAGCAACGGACACCAGCACUCCGACGCCAUCAGCGUCCUCUCAGAAGGUUCAGAGUCUAGUACAGUUGAAAUCCACAUUUCCAGCGAUCUGCGAGACUAUGAGGAUGUAGACGCUGAUGGAGAAUCCAUGGAGAACUCUGUGAGACACUAGCCUGGAGGAGGAGGGGUCGACCCGUCCCCCUCUGCUUUCCUCAUCUACUUUUAGAUGGUGUCCUCUUAGCCGCUAAUAUCGGAGUUUUUCCACCGGUCAUGAGAUUUCACUCGCUGGUACAAACAAGUGAAGUCGAAUUCUUUAUUCUAAGCCCUUUAUUCCUUCCAGAACUUUGUUAAUCUGUCUGCAGUAGUUUAGUGCAACAUUGUGGACCCAUUAACUGUACAACAAGUGAACAAUCCCAAAACUACUUCACCGUUUCUUGGCGUCAACAGAAGAAACGUCACAUUUCUGAAUUAUUACCCGCCGGCUGGUUUUGUGAUGCGCUUUAGUCGUGCAGCUAUCAUUGCACAACAGAAUGUAAUAAGCUAAUUAGACUUGUUUUAAACAAAGUUGCUGUAUUCCCAGUUGCACACCAUGUAUUUUUGUACACAUCCAUUUUAUACUGUGUUUUGUUGGUGACUUUUUAAACUAUUGAAAAUAAAUGAAUGCAAUGAACAACACAGAAGUCAA